CUCUCUCUCUCUCUCUCUUUCCUCUUUUAGCUUUGCUUCCAUGCAUGGAUUUCUCCUCCCAUCCAUGGCCCCAGAUGAACCCCUAAUAAAACAGAGAGAUAGAUACAAAACAACUACUUCCCUCUCUCUUCUCCCUCUCAUCUUCUUCAGUUAAAGGAGAAGCUGACCGAUUCCAGAGACCAGAUAUUCCGGAGUUGGAUAGAGAGAGAACGGAGCUUGGUUGGAUUCCAAAGUCUCUCACCAGAUCCCAUUCUUUCCCGCAGAAGCCAAUCUAAUCCCAGUUGGGCUAUUCUAAGAUGAAACCAGAAGCCAAGAAGUCUCAAGAUCUGAGGCCUUAUUUGACCUUCUUGUAGACCUUUCUUGUGGGCUCUUUUAUUGGCUUCUUUUGGUGCUCUCUUUGGGUCCCCUGUUUUUCAGAUGGAAGGAGAUCGAGUGCGGAGGCAUCGGUGCAAGGUGUGCUGGAAGAGAUUCCCGUCCGGCCGGUCGCUGGGCGGCCACAUGAGGUCCCACGUCCACACGGCGGUUGUCGGGAGCUCCGAGACCGACGCCGAGGAGAGGCCAACGCCGGGCAUUAGAGGAGCUGGCUAUGGGCUGAGGGAGAACCCCAAGAAGACAUGGCGGCUGUCGGAUUAUGCUGGAGAUGACGACGAGAAGCAGUGCCGGGAGUGCGGCAAGGUGUUCUCUUCCUGGAGAGCUCUGUUUGGGCACAUGAAGUGCCACUCUGAGAGGAUUUGCCGAGCUUCGGAGGAGCAAGAAGAGCAGCAGGAGGGUUCUUGGAGCAAUGGCGGGCAGUCGGAGAGCGAGGCUGCGGCGGCGGCGGCGGUGCCGAGGAGGCGGCGAGGAUCGAGAUGGAUGGCAGGGGCAAUUGCUGCGAGUUCUUCGUCGGCAUCGGAGUACGAGAAGGAGGAGGAGGAUGGAGCUAUCAGCCUCAUGAUGCUGUCGAGGGAUGUCUGGUGCACGGUGGGCGGCAGCAGUGGUGGAGUCCCGUCGGCAGCCGAGUCUUCUGAUAAGAUUCCAGUGGUCUUCGAGGGGAAGGGAAUUGGCGAAGGGGAUGGGAAUUUUGUUUCAAGAAAUGGAUAUUGGAGGAAUGGGUUCAAGAGGGCGGAAUCAGAUGCUUCUGAUGAUCGCCUUGUUAGGGACGGUGAAUUCAAGAAGCCAAAAGGCUGUAAUUCUGCUGCUGACGAGUUUGAGAACUCCUUUGAUGAGGUCGCGGGGAAGGAGAGCUCGAAGAAGAAGGAUCUGAAUUCUGCCGUUGUUACUGAAUCGGGGCUGAAGCCUGGGCUUGAUGGAAGCGAAUUCGAAGCCGAGAAGCAAAGGUUUGAGGUUUCUGAUGCUAAAUUUGGUAGAGAUUUUGUGGAGAGGUUUAGAUUUGAUGCUUCAGAUGGUAGUUUUGAUAAGGCCCCCGAGAGGAGGAGCCGUUUUGAGUGCACGUCCUGCAACAAGAUCUUCCACUCCUACCAAGCUCUCGGUGGGCAUCGGGCGAGCCACAAGAGGAUGAAGAGCUGCUGCGGCAGUGAGAACAGCUUGGAGACUGAUGCUUCUGUUGAGCACGCAGCCGUCGGGGAAAUGGUCGACCGAGGUGCGGGCAUUGAAGCUGCCAAUGGAUUAUCCAAGAAGGCCAAGAGCCAUCAGUGUCUGCUCUGCGGCAAGGUUUUCGCUUCAGGCCAGGCUUUGGGAGGUCACAAGAGAUCUCACUUGGUUGCGAACUCUGACGACCGAGGUGCUGCUGCUUCUCAUCAGCCCAUCGUGAUUCAGCAGCAGCCUCUCGAGAUGCCUGACUUGCUCGAUCUGAACCUUCCGGCUUCCAUCGAUGGAGAAUCUAACAAUACUAAUGUGAAUGCUGAGUUGAAGUCAUGGUGGGCUGCAAGCAACCUCAACCAUGAGCCACUGGUGGGUGUGAUCUCCAAUUGAUGGAGAGGUGAAGCGUUGUACAGAUUUCUUCAGACGGUUGAUGAAUUCCUGUUGCAUUCAUUCUUUCGGAGUCACUGUUCAGGUAACGGCUCCAUUUGCUGCUUACAGUUCUGUUUUCUAAGUAUAUUCAGAAUUUUGCAGUUCCUUUUCUUCCUCUCUUCGUUGGAUCUUAGAAUAAAUCUGUUGUGCUGACCUGAUCACAAUACAUGAGCUGAUUGAAGUGUUGAUGGAGCUCGGUGCUUGGCAGCGCACGAGAUUACUGAAUUGCUUAGCUCGAUACUUCAUCGGUAAAACUUGGAAGAUUCUUUUGCUUUUUGAAAUGAAAAUACUCAUUUGGUUUUGUUCAGAAGUUCAUUAGGAAGGUUGGUCAUUUUUCUUUCAUCUCUCUCAGCAUUAUAUCACUGUCACUGAGAAUGGCAACCUGGAAGCUGGAUAGUGUUGUCUAUAGUUGUUAUGAUUGCAAUGUGGACAAAAAAAAAGUUCAAGAAUUUUCGAUGCUCCUGCAGUUAUUUCAGUAGCUUGUUGUAUAAACUGCCUGUUUGUCAUCAAUAUAACAUGUUUGGUGUGUUUUCUCAUCAUAUUCAUCACAAACAAAUUGUACAGGGGGUUUCAAACUUAGGAUCCCUUUGUGGCCAAUUGCUUUGCAUGUUCUAUAAUGAAGCCAUGUAAAUGAUCUGAUCAUCUGAAAUUGGCCUGAUACUCUGGUUUAA